CUUUUCCGGCGACCUAAACCCUCGCCGGAGUCAUUCUCUCAUCUUCUCUUCCUCGGCGUCACUACCUGUUACCGGCCAUCGCCGCCGGAGUAAAAUUUUUUCUAGCUUGGUGGAGAUAUACGAUGUUGCAACAGAGAGACACGGCUGAUUUUAAGUGGGGUUCUAAAACAGGGGUUGGAAGGAUAAAUAAAGAGAUCAAAUUCUACGAGUCAUUUACCUCUGGUGGCGUGGAGUACCGUCUAUUUGAUUGUGCAUACUUUUACCAGACAGGUGACUGUGAGACGUCGAUCGGUAAGCUCAUCAAGAUGUUUGAAACACCAGAAGGUGAGAAGAAAGUAAGGAUAGUGUGGUUCUUUCGACCUCAUGAAAUCCGUGAUUUCUUGGGAGGUUAUGACCCUCGGUGUAAUGAGCUGUUUCUGGCUUCUGGUGACGGUCCAGGCCUUUCAAAUAUCAAUGUCGUGGAAGCAAUAAUCCAGAAAUGCACUGUUUUAUGCACAUCUUGUGACCCAAGAAACCCGCAACCAUCUGGAGAUGAGUUGAGAAUGGCUGACUAUGUCUUUUCCCGCACGUUUGAUGUAAGACAGUCUAUUAUAUCAGGGGCCUUUGGAAAUGAGAUAGCUGGGACUAAAGUGGAGCAUUUCUUCAACAAGAUAAAAUACAAGAAGCUCAUAAGCCGCCCGAGUUCAAACCCAGUUCUCGAUUCCAGUGAUUCUUCAGGGAAUGCUUUUCCUUCUGGGCAAGCAUCAACACAGUCGUCUGACAAUCGAAAGCUGACUGGUACAGCAAAUCCAUUUAAAAAAGGCUUACAAUUGAGAGAGGGUGCUGGGCAAUCACAUAAGCAAAAGCUUAUUCCCGAUCUUGAUCCUGGUUCUAGGGAUCGAGCUUCUGAUAAUGUCAUGGCUAGCAACAAUACCUUUGCAUGCCAAUUUAAUCUUAAGACCAAAACCAGAUCAUUAGAGGAUUUGGUAGGUUCAGGUGCAUCAGAGAUUCUGCAGAUCCCUAAAAAGACGAAGCUUCUUUCCAACAAAUCAGCAAUAGUUGAAUCAGAUGAUUCAACCCCUCAAUCAUCAGAGCAAAGAAUCAAUGGGACCAAUCUAGAAAGCCCUAAAAAUCCAGACACUCCUUUUGAAGACCGGCUAAAAACAGCUAAAGAAGAAGGCACCUUAGUCUUAAUGGAAAACCUGGAUCCAUCAUUCACAUCGUUGGACAUAAAGGAGAUGUGUUGGCAGGCUUUCCACGAAAGAGUUGACGCAAUGAUGAUUCAAUCAAGUCUAGUAUCUGGGCCGCGUAACGGUAAAGCGUUUGUGAUAUUCAAAUCCAAAGGUGCAGCUGAAUCGGCUCUUUCCGUCUUAACUGAACGAUGCCUGAUGCUAGCUGAUGGAAAGUUGCUGCUUCCACGUCACACUGCUUGCAACCCAACAGCGACAACCUCGAACACGAAGAAAGAAACGAGCCGAGGAGGAGGAGAUCAUACAUUGAAAGGAGCCGACUGGGAAUAUCUUUAACCACCGCCCAAUGUUUAAACGCAGUUUUUGGUUUUGGUUUUGGGAAUAUCAUAGAAGAGAAGAAUGGCAGAGAAGGAAAGUGUCAAUGCGUUUUGCUACCCAUUCUGGCCUUCUCAAUCAGACACUUGUCAGAAAUACAGAAGAAAAAAGAUUACCAUAAUACAUAAUAGAGAUUUUGAUAGUGAAAAAGCCCCUUUGAUCGAAAAAAAAAGAUACAAACAUAACCCAGAAACGGAACCGUACAUGAGAGUUCAAUUCCAUAAUCAGUCUUUGAAACAGAAACAAAACAGCAGAAACCAAAGAACAAUAAGACAUCCCCCCCCC